ACCAACCUAGAAACCUCCAGCUCUCUCACUGAAGCUCAAGUCCCACCGCGCUCACCCUCGUCUCGCGCCCUCCAGCAUGAAGGUCUCUGCAGCCCUCCUGUGCCUGCUGCUGGCACUAGCCGCCCUCAGCCCCCAGUGCUUUGCUCAGCCAGAUGCAGUUAAUGCCCCAGUCACCUGCUGCUAUUCAUUCUCCAGUGGGAAGAUUGUAUUUAAGAGGCUGGUGAGCUACAGAAGAGUCACCAGCAGCAAGUGUCCCAGUGAAGCUGUGAUCUUCAAGACCAAACUGGCCAGGGAGAUCUGUGCUGACCCCGAGAAGGAAUGGGUCAAGGAAUACAUUGCCCGGCUGGACAAGAAAACCCAAACUCCAUAGCCUUUGAACACUUACUCCACAACCCAAGAAUCUACAGCUAAUUUAUUUUCCCCAGAUCUCCCUAAAUACCCUAUUUUAUUUUAUUAUAAUUUCACUU